ACGUCCACCUAAGGAGAUCGGGACUGACUCGCGCGCGCGAAGGCGCGCCAAGAACAUAUCGACACACGCCGCAGUCUCUUUACGUGCGCACGGCCGCGCCGAAGCGCGUAGCCCGAGGAGACUCGUCGCGCGGGGGUGGUCGAGGCGAUUUUCGAGGAGGUGGCUGAGAAACUUCUCUAGGAACCCAUCGAUUACGAAGGAAUAAAGAGAGAACCGACUAAAUUGCGAAAACAGGGGCCGAAAUGGGGCGGCUCGUCGCGGCGCUUGGGGUUCUUUUUGCGGGGUGCGCCAUACACGUGCUCGCCCUUACGACCAACGAAGGGCUCUCGAGCAGUCUGCAGAAUGUCCUGUUCGAGGAUGAAUUCGCGAUCUCCGUGUCUCAUUUAAACAGUCGAGCACACCUGCAAAAUGUCGAAAUCCUUCUUUCUAUGCAUUUUUCUGGGCAAAAGAAGUUCGUCCUGAUGCUGGAUCGGCGCAACAGCCGAGUCAUCAUCGAGGCAGUAGAGGACGACGAGACGCACUCGACGACUCUCGCCGCGAACAAACUGUCGGUGGAAAAUGGGAUAAACAAUGGACUGGUACUCCUGAUUCGGCAACACGUUGACGGACUGCAAGCGGACUUGUAUGCAGACUGCGUUUUCCAAGGCACGAUGCAGCUGGAGACGGCAUUGAGGGACAUGGCGACCGGUUCGCAGACUCUGGCUAUGUUAGCCUACACGCAAAAGAGAUACCGGUACAAGGUGUACAAGUCUUUCGACGUAAAUUACGUUCUGGCGAAGGAAGGUUGCUUCUUCGACUCCCCCGUCAACGACCAGGCCAUUCAGCCUCCACCUGGGAAUAACGAAAUCCCGAAGAAGAUCAGGGGCGACAUCGAGAUCCUCCAUGGACUGGACGACAAAAUUUGCAUAACUGACCAGGUUCUCCUGAAGACCUUCAACGAGCUCAUCUCCGUCACGGGGAAACUGCGGGAAGAGAUCCUCCGAAACAACCUGGAACUGGCCCAACUUCGGCAGAUGAUCGACAGGUGCGCCAGGUGUUACGAGACCAAAAUAAUCGUGCCAGAGCCUCCAAAGGUUACCUGCACGGUGAACUCGCCCUGCUUCCCAGGAGCGAGGUGUCGCGAUACCGCGAAUGGACCGCAAUGCCUCUCUUGUCCUGCCGGUUACAUCGGGGAUGGAUAUCGCUGUCGACCGGGUCGCACCUGUGCCGACCGCCCCUGCUUCCAGGGGGUCACCUGCCGCGACACGAGGAACGGCUUCAGAUGCGAAUCUUGUCCUCCGGGAUACGUCGGGAAUGGGGAGCACUGUGUGCGCCGAAGGGUGGGCUGCGAGACCAACCCUUGUCACCCCCAAGUCCUAUGUCACUCCACGGAUUACUCGCCUUACUAUCGGUGUGGCCAGUGCCCAUCAGGCUUUACCGGAAACGGCACAACCUGCUACGACUUGGACGAGUGCGAUCUGGUACAGCCUUGCGACCCGAGGGCGAGCUGCUACAAUUUGUCACCCGGAUAUAAAUGCGGACCCUGCCCACCGGGAUUUAUCGGCAACGAGGUCAUCGGGGUCGGCAUGGACCGGGAUAGGCAACGCCACGUCUGCGAGGACAUCGACGAGUGUGCAGACGGAAACAACGGAGGCUGCGUGCCCUAUUCCGAGUGCAUCAACACCCCGGGUUCCUUCCACUGUGGGGAGUGCAAGAGGGGCACUAGCGGAAAUCAGACAGUCGGGUGUAAAUUGAAUCCUGGCGUUUGUCCCGAUCUCAAUAUCUGCCACACCAAGGCCAGUUGCAGACAUUUCGGCGGAGGCCGCUACGAGUGCAAGUGCAACGUCGGUUGGGCCGGAAAUGGCUAUCACUGUAACCCAGACACGGAUGCUGAUUCGUACCCCGAUAAGGAGAUACCAAACUGCACCGAUCCCCGAUGCAAGGCGGACAAUUGUCCCAACCAUCCGAACAGUGGCCAGGAGGAUGCCGAUGGAGAUGGCAAGGGUGAUGCCUGCGACCCCGACGCUGACAGGGAUGGCAUCCCCAACCACCCUGACAAUUGUCCACUCGUGUACAACCCCGACCAGGCCGACAGGGACGGUGACAAUCGUGGCGACACCUGCGACAAUUGUCCAACAGUGCCUAAUUUCGAUCAGAAGGACACCGACGGGGACGGCGUCGGCGACGCCUGCAGCGACGACAUGGACAACGACGGUAUCAAGAACAAGGACGACAAUUGCCCAACCGUUCCGAAUCCUGACCAAAGAGACACCGAUGGCGACGGAGUGGGAGACGCCUGCGACAAUUGUCCUACGGUGCCGAACCCGGGACAAGAAGACAAGGACAACGACGGCAUCGGCGACGUCUGCGACGACAACGUGGACAAGGACGACGACGGCGCGCCGGACAGUCUGGACAAUUGUCCCACAAUACCGAAUGCGGAGCAAACCGACACCGAUGGCGAUGGCCUCGGCGAUGCGUGUGAUCCUGACAUAGACAACGACAAGGUGCCCAACAAAGUCGACAAUUGUCCCUACUUCUACAAUCCCAACCAAGAGGACUACAAUCGGAAUGGAAUCGGAGACCUCUGCGAGGACGACAACGACAACGACACGAUACCCAACAUCCACGACGUCUGCCCCAACAAUAGUCAGAUUUGGACCGUCGACUUCCGCAAGUACAUGACCGUCAAUCUGGACCCCAGGGGAACCUCGCAGAAGGACCCUGUCUGGGUAGUCCUGAACAAGGGGGCGGAGAUCCUGCAGACCCUCAACAGCGACCCUGGAAUGGCGAUCGGGUUCGAAAGAUUCGACGGCCUCGACUACGAGGGCACCUUCUACGUCGAUGACGCCGACGAGGAUGACGACUUCGUAGGGUUCGUGUUCGGCUACCAGGACAGCGGCAAGUUCUACGUCUUCACCUGGAAGAAGCUCCAGCAAACUUAUUGGCAAGCUGCGCCAUUCCGGGCGGUCGCCGAGCCAGGGAUGAUCCUGAGGCUGGUGGAUUCAGCAACAGGUCCUGGCGUCAAACUGAGGAACAGCCUCUGGCACAACGAAAGCGUCCCUACAGAGACGAGGAUUCUCUGGAGGGAUCCGAAAAAACUGGGCUGGCAGCCGAGGAUCCCUUACAGGUGGCUGCUGAUACACAGGCCUAAAAUUGGACUCAUCAGGAUUUGGAUUUACGAGGGGUCGAAAUUGGUCACCGACUCUGGAAACAUUUUCGACACCUACCUCAAAGGAGGCAGAAUCGGGGUCUACUGCUUCUCCCAGGAGAUGAUCAUCUGGUCGAAUCUGAACCACAGAUGCAAUGAUCAAGUGCCCCCCUUUGUUUAUCACGAGCUGCCGCCAAAUCUGAAAGCAUUGGUUGAUAUAGACCUCAGCACAACUUCAUUCUCAGGAGCCUAGGUACUCUUCGAUGGACUUGGAAAAUGACAUUGCACGUAAAACCGAAGUCCAUCUUGAAACAUGCCAAUGAAACAGUGGUAACCGCCUCGUCGGUUUCAGCCUCCCAGGAAAUUACGUCGUUUAGAAUGAAUUGCGCUCAACUCGGUACACUUUAGAAGCGAUUGUUACAUAUUUUAAGCAAAUCUCGGAAGUAUCCGGAUUUUGUACCAUAUUUUUUUUUAAGAAUAUCUGUUUUCAACGUGUUUCGUUCGGUGGGGUUAUCCUUGACGAUGUGAUACCGCUUCUUAAAAGGGUGCGCGAAAUUGAAGAGCACUUCUUGACUUUUCCGUGAUUUCGGACAAAUUCGAGGCGAACUACUCAAUUAAUGGGAUGUACAUGUACCUAUUACGAAAGUGUCAAGUGAAUAAGUCGGCAAGCUCGCUGACUGAAGCGUUACUUAUUACGAUGCAUUGUUAUACUAUAAGGAAUAUCUAAUUAUCGUACAAACGGACACACAGAUGCUAAUCGGUGAUACACGAAGCGUCCUAAAAAUGAGAAAUUACGGAUCAACGAGUCGUACCACUUUACAGGUAUACAUGUGUUAACUCUCGCAAUAAAGUUUACGUGAACGUCACCGUGCA